UUGGUGUGCGAAAGGAAACUGGCGCAGGCACCGUGAUUCUUCCCACCGCAAACAAACGAGAAAAACCAACAAGAUAAGAGGGUUCUCACCAAAGAGAAAUAAAAGAAAAUAAAAAGAGAGUGUUUUCUUUCCCUUUACUAUGCACUUCACAGCGCGAACAGAUUUUUUUUUUUUUCGCCUUAAAAAAAAAAACAGGGCCUCGUUUUUAAACUAUAAAAGGAAAAAAAAAAGAAUUAACCGUUGUGAAAAAAUCAAUUCCCGCCAUGGUGGCUCAGCUAGAGUACCAACAGCAGCAGGAGGAAACUUGUUUAGACAAUUUACAGAAGGCAAAGUCUUUGAUCUGUGCCCUUAACUUUGUCUCUAGAAACCUUCCUCUCCCUCCUGACUUAUUCGAAGUCGUUUCCGCUAUUUGUUAUGAUGAACAAGAUGUGCUUCCAGAGGCCAUUGAUGAUGGGACCCAGGUUGAGGCAGGAUCUGAUGUGGCUGGAGUUGCCCACAUGGGUUCGGAUGAUUAUUCUAAUUCCAAGGAGGAUGAUUUAUUGCAUGACCUUGAUGAUGCUCUACCAAAACAACGAUCAAAAUGCAUGUCUCGUUUUGAAUUGGCAGAAUCAAUGGAAAACCGUUUCCAGAGUCACAUUCAUCAUCGGUUGAAUGAACUUGAAGAUUUGCCUUCAAGCAGAGGAGAGGACCUGCAGACAAAGUGCUUACUUGAAUUCUAUGGAUUAAAGCUAGCAGAGUUGCAAAGCAAUACACGUUCUUAUCUAAGUUCUGAGUAUUGGCUCCAUGUCAACUGUGCAUAUCCUGACAAGCAAUUGUUUGAUUGGGGGAUGACUCGAUUGCCUUUUCCUUCAUAUGGCAUUUUUGUUCCAUUCACUAUGGAAACUGAUGAUCAAGUGCGAAAGCAACGGGAUUAUGAGAGGUUAUCACGAUUGAGAGAUGAGGAAAGGAACCAUUUGGAGAAUAGAAAGAGGAAGUUUUUUUCAGAAAUAGUUAAUGCAUUCCGUGACUUUCAAUUUCAAAUUCAAGCUACUUUAAAGCGUCGAAAACAAAGGAAUGACAGUGUUCAGGCAUGGCAUGGAAGGCAAAGACAACGUGCUACUAGAGCAGAGAAAUUGAGGUUCCAGGCCCUGAAGGCUGAUGAUCAAGAAACAUAUAUGAGAUUAGUAAAGGAGAGCAAGAAUGAACGAUUAACUAUGCUACUUGCAGAAACAAAUAAGCUCCUUGUUAAUUUGGGAGCAGCUGUUCAACGGCAGAAAGAUGCUAAACAUUCAGAUGGCAUUGAAGAUUUGCAAGAUUUAGAUUCUGAUUCACCUGAGUUGGAUGCUCUGAAGGAUGGAACUCCUCGAGAUUCGCUUCCCGAAGAAGAUAUAGAUGCCACUGAUUCUGAUCAGAAUGAUGAAUCGAGUGAUCUACUUGAAGGUCAGCGGCAGUACAACUCGGCUAUUCACUUGAUUCAGGAGAAGGUAACAGAGCAACCAUCCAUGCUUCAAGGUGGAGAGUUAAGAACGUACCAGUUAGAAGGGCUUCAGUGGAUGCUUUCUUUGUUCAAUAACAACCUCAAUGGAAUUUUAGCUGAUGAGAUGGGGUUGGGAAAAACAAUACAGACUAUUUCAUUAAUUGCAUAUCUCAUGGAGAACAAAGGUGUUACUGGGCCCCACUUGAUAGUGGCUCCAAAAGCUGUACUACCAAAUUGGAUCAAUGAAUUCUCCACAUGGGCUCCUAGCAUAUAUGCAGUCCUUUAUGAUGGACGCUUGGAUGAGAGGAAGGCUAUGAGGGAAGAAAUAUCUAGAGAUGGAAAAUUUAAUGUGUUGAUCACACACUAUGAUCUUAUUAUGAGAGAUAAAGCAUUCUUGAAGAAGAUACACUGGUACUACAUGAUUGUCGAUGAAGGGCAUCGAUUAAAGAAUCAUGACUGUGCUCUUGUGCGAACCCUUGUCUCAGGCUAUCAAAUCCAGCGUAGACUUCUGUUAACAGGGACCCCAAUACAAAAUAGUUUACAAGAAUUGUGGUCCCUCCUUAACUUUCUACUCCCAAACAUUUUCAAUUCAGUUCAGAAUUUUGAGGAGUGGUUUAAUGCCCCCUUUGCAGAUCGCGGUGAUGUUUCUCUUACAGAUGAAGAACAACUCUUGAUUAUUCGCCGUCUGCAUCAUGUUAUAAGGCCAUUCAUCUUAAGGAGGAAAAAGGAUGAGGUGGAGAAAUACCUUCCUGGAAAAUCCCAGGUUAUACUCAAAUGUGAUCUGUCAGCGUGGCAGAAGGCAUACUAUCAGCAAAUAACAGAAAAGGGCAGAGUUGGGCUAGACAAUGGGUCAGGGAAAUCAAAGAGUCUCCAAAACUUGACAAUGCAAUUGAGGAAGUGUUGUAACCAUCCAUACCUUUUUGUGCCUAACCACAAUAUGUGGCAGAGAGAGGAGAUUGUUAGAUCAUCAGGGAAAUUUGAGCUCCUUGAUCGGUUACUCCCGAAACUUCACAGAACUGGUCACCGAAUCUUGCUUUUCUCCCAAAUGACUCAUCUCAUGAACAUUCUUGAAAUAUAUCUGAGGCUCAAUAAUUUCAUGUAUCUUAGACUUGAUGGCUCAACAAAAACUGAGGAAAGAGGUGCUUUGCUGAAGAAGUUCAAUGCUCCAGACUCUCCUUAUUUUAUGUUUCUAUUAAGCACUCGUGCUGGAGGUCUUGGGCUGAACUUGCAGACUGCAGACUCUGUAAUAAUUUUUGAUAGUGACUGGAACCCCCAAAUGGACCAACAGGCAGAGGAUCGGGCCCAUCGUAUAGGACAGAGGAAGGAAGUCAAGGUUUUUGUGCUGGUUAGUGUUGGAUCAAUUGAAGAGGUCAUUUUGGGGCGUGCAAAGCAGAAAAUGGGUAUUGAUGCCAAGGUCAUCCAGGCUGGACUGUUUAAUACAACUUCCACAGCUCGGGACAGAAAAGAAAUGCUUGAAGAAAUCAUGCGUAGAGGAACAAGCUCACUUGGAACAGACGUGCCAAGUGAAAGAGAAAUCAACCGACUUGCAGCUCGUUCAGAUGAGGAGUUCCGGAUAUUUGAGAAAAUGGACGAGGAAAGAAGACUAAAGGAGAACUACAAGUCUCGUCUCAUGGUAGAUCACGAGGUACCUGAGUGGGUAUAUGUACUUAAUAAUGAUGAAGGGAAGGCCAAAGGUUUAGAAAACAACAACAAUGUUGAAUUAGGGAAGCGAAAAAGAAAGGGCGGGAACUAUUAUCCGGAUACAUUGAGUGACUUACAGUUUAUGAGGGCUGUGGAAAAUGCAGAAGACAUGGCAAAAGAGUUAUCAAGUAAAAGAAAGAGAAAAUAUCAUCUUCCUUUUGAGGUCAAUGAAUCGGCUAGUAUUGAAUUUAGGAAUGAGAAUGUGCCAGCAGCAAGCGAGGGAACAAGUGAAGAUACCUAUGGUUCAGCUCCAAAGAUACUCAAGUACGAAGGUGAAAUGAUUGAGAAACUUAAGUAUCAAGAUGUGAGAAAAUCUGAAGAUCAUGGUGUUGGAGGAAGUUCAUGGAACGAGCGAAUAAUUACAUGGAAUACUCAUAAGAAGAAGAGAUCAAGCUAUGUCGUCCCAACUUCAUCAUCAGAUUCUAGAGGGCAUAAUUAUUCCAGUGGAAGAGGAAAUGGAUGGUUUUGAUAUAAAUUUCCUGCUCGAGCAGCAGUGACUGAUGGAUGGUCCUGAACAAUCUAGGCAGAGACUGAUUUAUCAUGGAAAUAGCUUUGCUAGUAUUAUGUAUCUUCCAUAAAUUUAUGAAAAGUUUUAAUUGUGCCUCCAACAAAAAUCUAGAAGUUAUUAUUUUGGUAAUAAAAACAAAUUUUAUUCGAUGGUAAUGUCUUCUUUCCCCAAUUAAUAAAUUUUAUUGAAAUCAAAAUCAUGAAUUGAAGAUUUAAAAUCUCAAUAAAAGAUAUAGAAAUAUGUAGUAAAAUUCAAGUCCGACAAGUUGCAAAUAGUUAGCGUAGUGUAUUACUGAAACUGGAAGGCAUACAGGUGGAGUUGGCCUGAUGGUUUUGAAGAAUUGGUAUGUCUCUAAUCAAUGACGGUUACCAUAAUCAAUUGCUCAUCAAAGAUUCUUGGAGGAGUCUUCGGUUUUAUUGUCUAGUGG